GUUUGAAGCUUGUAGCUGCAUAGUUUUGGCCAAUCUAAAAUACCUCUGAUCAAUAUCACUAAAUAUUUUCUGAUUUUUAUAUGAUGUUUUCUAUUUUGAACUGGGGAAAAAACACUCUUAAAGUAAGAGCCCUGAAUAUUUUUAGACGUUAUCCUUGAUCUCAUCUAAAAAUUAAAUGUGACGUAUAGAAAGACUCAAGUCUGGAAAGAUCCCCAUUUCACCACAUGUGGUUUCCACUGAAAAGUAACAUGAGAAGAAAAGAUCCUUCCAGGCAAAGUUGAUCGUAACAACGAAAGAGUGAAAUCAAAGCAAUAAAAAUUGUUUCAGUCAGUCUCUCCUAACACAUGGCUUUUAUAAUGUAAGUCUCUCUUCACCAUUUCAGUUUAGCUGAACUAUUUGAUGACUAAAGAUCUUGGAUAGUUUUAUUACAAUGGAACUUUCAAAAGAUAACAUAUUUUUGUUUCUAUGUACCGAAAGUACCGCAAAAGGCAUUAAUUUUUUGAAAAAUGUAAUUCUUCCUGACAGCAGAGUCAAGGCGUAGAUUUUCUCCCUAUAACAAUUUAAAGGGACUUUGGUAGCCUACAUUUUGACAGGAAUAGAGCAAGACAAGAGAGUAAGGAACAAAGGGGGUCGACAAAAAGGCCAGAACCUGGACGGUCUGCAAGUAAUGACAAAAUGAGGGGCUUGCUCAAACUACCAAGUUAUAAUGGACCUCAUAUUUGGCAGAACAUUCUGGAAAGCGUGCUCUUCAACAAUGGCUGCCAGGGGUCUACAGACAUUCAUAACACCAUACAGAGCUGAAGAUUCAGAAAAACUGGUACUGCAAAUGAAAAAUGGCCUCAGCAGCUUAAGGUACAGACCUGCUGAACAUAAACGACUUCAAGCAGUUAUUGAUGCAGAGCGCCUGGAGUGUGAUCUAAUAGGACAAAAGGUUCAGAAGACCUGCUGUGCAGCCAAGGCAACCACGGAGAGCUCCUUAUUACGGCAGCACAGACAGGUGUGGAGCAGAGAGUGCCCCAGGCUGCAAAAGGCUAAGCAGCAGGCUGAGGACGCCCUCCAGGAUUUUCUGGAGAAGAUCGAGCCAAACAGUGCAAACACUGGCCUGUUCUCUCUUCAAGAAUAUGGACUGUCUCUUAUGAGGGAACGGGAGGAUUUCAGGAGAGCCACUAUGGAGCCUGUUCAGCAGCUGAGAGACGAGCUGCGCCUCAGAUUGUACGAAGGACUACAACAACCACCCAGUGAACAUUUAGGACACCUGGAAGCAGUAAAAAUGCAGAUAAAGACUAUGAGAAAUCAUCAGGAAGUCACAAUUGCACAUCUCCAUGAGGAGCAGCAGGACACUGAAGAAGAGAUCGGGAGCCUUUAUUUACAGAAAUAUUUUUGUAGUUCCUCAGAUAUUUUGGUAAACUUCGACAAAGUUCCCAGAGAAGUUUUGGAUGCAGACUGCCCUUACCCAGAGCUGAAGGAAUCACUGAUCCAAGCCUUCCAGUCCAUGUCAGAGAGCUACAGGAAUAGGCUGCAGAGUUUGCAGGAGCAACUUCAAAACACAGACAGGUGUUGUGGCUGGUGUUCCGAUGACCAUCAUCUUUUCCAGUUUGUGGAGUCCAUGUACACACAGGAGAUACCCAGACACAGAGCCCUCUGCAUGGACAUGAUGCGGAGGCUGUUCCCUGGGAAAACAAGACAGGAACUGGUGGAGCAUGAGCGUUUGUGGGACUCGCAGCGCUUCACCCAGACACAGCUGAAAGUUGUGAUGCAGCAGUGGCAGAGAGACCUGGAGGAGCUGCUGGCCAGAGCCCUGGUCACCCUACAGGAGGCAAAAGAUGCUCACCUCAAGGAGCUGCAGCUCCACAGGGACCGCCGGCACCAGCAGGAGAUCUGCCUACACCUCAGAGAAAAACUGCAACAGUGGCGGGCCCAGCAGGAAGAGGUGGCAAAGCUGGAGGCAGCUGUAGCAGCAAGACAACAAGAGGAAGAGAAAGUGAAGCUAAAGAGGGAGAAAGAGAAGGAAGAUGCAGUCAGGAUGCAGCACAAGGAAAAGGUAAGACAGUUUUAUUUGACACAGCUAAAGAGGAGGGAGGCGCUGGAGCGGAGGGAGGAAGAGAGACUUGCCGCUCUGAGGAGUGUCAUGGAGGAACAGGCAAGGCGGGACAGGCAAAGGGUGCAGUUACGGGCAGAUAUGUUGCUGCGGCGACAAGAAGAGAGAGGGGAGCUCGAGCUUGAGCGGCAGAGAGAAGAACAAGCCAGACAGAAUCGUCUGGAAGCUCUCAAAAAGCAGGUGGAGGUGGUGGCAGAGGCAGAUCCAGUGAGGAUGACAGCUAACACCAAGGCUUGGAGCAGCCGGGUGCUGGAUAAAGAAUACCAGAAGCCUCUCUACAGCCUUAACACAUACACAGACACGCAGAUUGUGUCUGAUCCGAGAGUGCGGGUCGAGCAGGCUCUGCGGGAGGCUGGACUGCACCAAAGUCAUUACGCCACAAAGGUUCUGUCUGAAAUCAAACCUCUCAAGCCGCCUCGACGAGACACCAAAUCCAUGUUUAAGUUUUGAUCAUUUUGUAUUUAAGUCAAGUCUGAACCUGUCUUGGCUCUGUGCAUUCAGUAUUUACACACAUUUAUUUUAUUUAGUGUGGGAAAACCCACAGAUAAGCUCUGUUCAUUUAUCAUAAAAAAGCAGUGCAGCUGCCCAACAAGUGAUUUUCGUUUCGUGCUCAGAUACUGGACAUGUUUAUUUUAAAACUUAUAUUUGAGAUGCAUGGUCCUCUCAAUCCAGUUUUACUGAACAGUUUGUUUUACUAAAUGUUAGAACUCUAAAUAAAGUUAAUUCAGGAAUGAA